ACGGCAUACACAUGCGCAAAAGCAAACAGUAUGGCGGCGCCGGUUUUCAUGGGCUGUGACCCAGGGACGUAAUUCUAUUUCUUUUCUUUUUUUUUUUUUCCCGGGGACAGUCCAUUCAUUUGGAGAGGGUCCGGGGAAAUUACAGAAGUGAGGAGUGGUUGUGGCCAACGGAGCUCCCAGUCUCCAAUACUGAAAGGCAAAACGAGUAAACCUCAAGGCUCGUUCUAAAUCGCGUUGGGUUUAAAGCUAUACGCGAAUCUGCUCUUCGGAUCCUCAGAUAAGGAAUUGCUAGCAGGGCAAAACUGGCAACAUCUGCGUGAAGAUACUGGAGAUUGGAAGAGUUCAUGCAACAGCAGAUGACUGAUGCAAAAGUUUUCUCAUGGAAGAAAAAAUCCACGAUCGAUCGUCACUAGCUACUAAGCUACCAAAAUUUGGUGCACCAAAAAAUUUAGGAACGUUUCUGCAUAGGACAGCACAGAGCUCGCAUACAGGUCUACUUGCAAAAUCAAACCACACUGCUGUUGAAAAUAAGCACAAUGACCUUGAUCGGACAUCUGGAUUUUCUUUAACUUGGAGGAAAAAGUGUCCGCAAAAUGAACAUAUUGCAAAGAAACCUUCUACUAUUACCACUGAAAAAGUGCAUGAUAAAAGAUUUCCCCAGUCACGGUCAGCAACAGAGAAUGAUGGAUCCAGAUUUGGAUUAACAGCCAAAAACCUGAAGCAAAGUAAUAUGUUGGUCCCACAAAAGCAAGAUUUAAAUGAAAACCUCCUAUCUGGACCACUAAACUCGGGUAGGCUAGCUAAGAAUCCCCAGUUUGGAAGGACUAUGUUUUCCAGCUUUAAUGGUUUAAAAUCACAAGUCAAUGGUUAUUACAGCAAUAAGCCCCCAAUUGGUUUACUGAGGCCCUGUGCAAAUUCUGCUACAACUCGAAAUUUUUCUAAUAAGAUAGUUGCACAAUCAGCUGACAACAUGAAGCCAUACUCCAGUGUGAGAAGAUCACAAAGCUUUUCAGAUUCAAUUCCAAAUUCUUUACUUCCAUCCACACACAUGACAAGGUCUCAUUCUUUUAGCAGAGAAGUAGAUAUGUCAGGCCAAUUUGAAACACAUCAAGUACCUGUAAGAGCAUCCCUCAAACCAGCCUUACUGUCAAGGACUGCAAGACAAUAUGAACUGCCUCAUAGCAGUGAGUCCCAACUAAAGUAUGGUUUUACAAGGACAUACACCGUAGGUCCUGCCUCAGGUUUAAGGAAAAAUACCUUAUCUAAUGGAUCUGACCAAAUUGUUCCAUCAGGUUACAAAAUAACUCGUCCUUCUCUUUUAAAACCCAACAGAAGCCAAUUGCCGAUGGAUCUAAUCACUGAUAGUACAAAAAUGUCUUCUCCCAUAUCAUCAGUAAUGGAAAUGACAGGAACAGGGCCAAGCAGAACUGGUGGAUCAACACAUGAACAAAACAAACGGAAAGAGAGAGAUUUUGUUAUUGAAAAUUAUGUUCUUUGCGAUGAUCUAGAAAAACCAGACUGUAAAGACAGUAAUUUUGGUGAAGACAUAGAUGAACUCUCCAUAUCAUCUUUGUCCUCCUCUGAAAAGAAUGAUCUCACUGAAGAUUUCAGUGAUGAAUUUCUAGAUUUAGAAGAGGGAAAUAAAGCAUUGCCUGUUGAAUCAGAGAAAGAUCUGUCUGAAAAAUCAUCUGCUGAAUUUAUGGUAACGUUGCCAAAAAAUAAAGAGUCUAAUGUGGAAACAACAGAUGAUUGGAUUGGAAUGAACAUGACAGUUAGUUCUUACAAAGAGAAGAGGAUUUCACCAGAUAUGGGUUAUAGAGAUCCAUCUUCACUGGAACUGUCCCCUUCUGAUAGCUCUGAUGGCACAUACAUGUGGGAUGAAGAGGGAAUGGAGCCCAUUGGAAAUGUUCAUCCAUGCGGAAGUUAUGAAUCUUCAGAGAUGAAUAGUCUGGAUGUUUUAAAUAACCUAGACUCUUGUGAUUUGGAAGAUGAUGAUCUCAUGUUGGAUGUUGAUCUACCAGAGGACACCCCUUUUGACAUUGGGAAAGUGGAAAAUAUGAGUCAUUUUGAAAGAACUGAAAGGAGUUUAAGGCAACCGCAACAGGCAUUCUGGAAGAGGGCAGUCCAGAGUCUUAAUGGACAAGAACAGUACCACCUGAGCAAUGCAGACAACUAUCAAAAUAGCCGGGGACCUUACCUGGAGUCUCCAACUGAUCCGAGAGAAAGCUGUCUUAGUCCAGGCAAUUACUCUCAACCUCCUAGAUGUGUACAAAUGAUGGGAUUGCGUGAGAACACUGUAAUGCUUGAUGAACUGACUCUGCGACACAUGGUCCAAGACUGCACCUCCGUUAAAACUCAGUUGUUAAAGUUGAAACGGUUACUACAGCAGGAAGAUGAUUCUGCAUCCCUGUCUGACAUUCAACAAUCUGUGCCAUCAACACCAGAGCCACAAGAAACUGAAUUGCUGUGGAAGACUGAAGACCUGCUUAACGAGAUCCGACAGCUUAAAGAAGAAUCCAAAAAAAAAGAUGAAAAAAUCAAACAAUUAGAAAUCCGGCUGAAAACAACAUGCAAAUGUCAGAGGGAUAGCCAACAGACAAAAGAAGAAAAGCCUAAGCAAUAUGACAAAUUUACUCAGACCACUUGGAAGAGGAAUUCACCUCAAGUACUACAGUGUUCCAGCAGCAACCCCAGUUCCUCAGAUAUCAUCACGGGAAAAAUAAUAACACAAGCACAUCAAGAGGACCCAAGAAAACAUGGAGAACUGGUCCAGAACCCAUGCUGUAAGAUUGGGGUUGGUGGUAGCAUCUCCAAAGUCCCUGAAAAUGAGCUGAGUGCUUUACUGAGUACUCAAUUGAAAAUCAUUGAUGUCGAAGACAGUCCCGAAGAGUCUACAAACACAGAUAAGCAUGCUCAAACUCCUGGACAGCUUGAUAGUAAGAAACAUUUAGAAAAUAAAAAGCUUAAUUUUAAUGUUCUGCCAACUGUAGCAGUGGAUGCAAAAAGACAUUUUCAGUCCAGAUCAGUGACUAAACCCAUGUCUUUAUCAUCAUUGACUGGGCAAAUUCCAAGACCAAUGACUUUAAACCUCAUAAAGCCCAAAAAACACACAAAUGUUGCAAGUCAAGAAAUUACUAAUUCUCAAAUACAGCUAGCUUGCACCAAUCUCCUUCCUUCACAAUCACCAAAUUGUCCCCAGUCUAUGGUACAAGAAAAACAACAGCUAGUUAAUAAUGAUCAUUUUGUAGGUCAAGAUACUAUAAAUGAUUCAUCAGAAACAGCCUCAAGCAUACUAGAAAAACAAUUUGUUAAUGCAAACCAAAAUAACUUAAUACAGAGUAAUCCGGGAUCAAGACCACAAGAUCCUAUAAUGCCCAAUUGUACUUCAAAAUUACCAACCUCAGGAUCCACCCAACAGGUACCAGCAAUUGAAUAUUCUCAGCAGCCACACAAACAGAUCCCCAAAGGAUCCAUGCUAAGACCACCAAGUAGUUUUGCUUCUAAACUUAAGAAACCAAGUAGUCCUAAGCCUGAUACUGUACACUUGGCACCUGCACCUCGUGAAUCUCCUAUAUCCCCUUGCAAAACCACAUCUUCAGUCAUACCCAGGCCAUCUUCUAAAAAAGAUAUUCUAGAAGAAGCUGUGGAUAGUGCAGCUUUGAAACGGCAAUCGCGUCUCCCUCAACCAAAGACACGUUAAGAAGGAAAAAAACAAAUAAUUUUAUAUACAUUAAAUACAUUUUAUAUAAUAUCUCUGAGUUGAUAAAUGUAACUUGGUGUAUUAACAUUUUAAUGCAUAAUUAUUAAUGCUAUUGUUUACUAAGAUGAGAAACUUUUCGUUUUUGUUAGAAUUUUCUAAUCUAAUUUCAUCUGAUUUUCUUUCAAUUGCAUAUGUUUGUGUGGCCUUGGUUUAAAUCCAGUGACUUUUCUUUUCACCAUUGCAUGGUUACACAACUUUAUGGAACUUUGGUUUGCUUCAAUUUUUCAAUUCUUGGAAGGUAUAAUGUAUAUGUG